AAGCCUGUCGGAAGAUAUUUGAAAAUUUCAUCUGGCAUCUCUGACCACGAAUUUUGUUAUGUGAUCAGUAUACGAUUGGGGAUUGUUUUUUAACAUCGAAAUGUGUUUUCAAUUGCACUUGAGGGAAAUAAUUGAUUGAUUUCAGCAUGCUUCGUACAAUUACAUCUUUUGCAGUUCGUCAAGCAACAUGGGCUUGCCAGUAUAACAACAUAAUAUCAAAAUCAGCAAAUGGUUUUCCUUCAGUGACCCGAAAUUUUUCCCUAAUUAGUGCAUCCAAAUUUGUUCCAUCAACACCUUUCGUAUCACUAAAAAGCAACAGUUUAUCCAUCAAUCCAGGCAUUCUUAGUGUAACGAAUUCGCUAAUCGUAGCGAAUCUACAGCAACAACCAUGCAGAACAGUUAUAAAAUUUUCAAUGCGCAAAGGUAAAAGGAAGAGCGUGAAGCCGGUAGUUAAACGUUUCAAGCGACUCGAUUGGGGUGGUUGGAUCCGCACACUGGCUGGACGCCAUAAGCACAUGUGGAAGAAAUCGGCGGCACGCAAACGAAGGCUCAGACAACACGUGUUCGUUAAUUCUCAGCAGGCAACGUUGUUAGAUAAAAUGGUUACCAAGUUUUGGAAACGACCUCGUUACUACAUCAACGAUCCGUAUGCUCCAUACCACACAAGAGAGGAGUUACGCGAGACUAGAAGAAAACCAACCAAUACAAUAUGAGAGUUUUCAGUGGGGCAGUAAAAAUAUUCUUUAUUGAAAUUAGAAAAA